AUGGGUGGUGAUGCCAAAGUUUUUACCUUUGAAGAAGUGACUGUGCACAACAAACACAAGGACUGUUGGCUUAUUAUCAAUGGCAAGGUUUAUGACGUGACAAAGUUCAUGGAAGACCACCCCGGUGGCGAUGAGGUUUUGUUGUCUUCUACAGGGCAGGACGCAACUGAUGAUUUUGAAGAUGUGGGUCAUAGUGAUAGUGCCAGAGAGAUGAUGGGCGAAUACUGUAUUGGAGAUAUUGAUGCCUCGACUGUCCCCCAGAAAGCAAGGUACAAGGCUCCAAAGCAGCCUAACUACAAUCAAGAUAAGACCUCCGAGUUCAUUAUCAAGCUCCUUCAGUUCCUAGUUCCUCUUGCCAUAUUGGGUUUGGCCUUCGGAAUCCGUUUCUACACCAAAUCAACCUAA